AUGUGGUCUUUAUCAGGGUUUCAAAUCCUUCAGAAGCCUCUCCCCCCUCCAAAACCGGGGGUCAUGUGUGGUUUUGUUUGUCCUGAUGUGGGAUGCAAGCGUGAAUGCAAGUACUUUAAAAAAACUGGAUAUGAUCAACUCAUUGGUAUCAGAUGUUUGUCUGGAGCUCGAGGUGCAUAUAUUGUCAGCCCUUUCUUGGAGCACGUUGAAAACGAAAUCAAGAAGUACAACUUGAGCUGGAGAUCAGAUUCACACUGGAACCUUCCCUCAACCCUCUCCAACCUCCUCUUACUUCCACCUACUCCAACACUAUCAGACACCCAAGUCCCAAUUGUCCAAGGAACGCGUCUCGGAUUUGAUGGUCGUACAGCUGAAGGACAUCAAAAAAGUCGAAAGAUCAGCCCGAAGUGCAGGAAUGCUCUAUGUGCCGCAUGCUGUUGCAAGCUUGCUAUAACAUGCUUGUAUCAUCAACCACCAAACCAAACACUAGCUAACUCAACUCCAAUUGUAGCAUCUCAAGAUUUAACUGGCCGAGCUAUUGCAAGCCUCCCACCCCGACGAGUUCGCCCCGUGUUACAGUGCGCACAAGCAAAUAGACACAUUGGCAAGUACCUGAGUCAAGAGGAAGGUGAUCUGAUCAAUUCUACGCAAAGACUCUCUGAGAGUAGACGAAUUACUCAUCUGAGUCAAAGCUCCAAAAUGGCCAAGGUUCUACACGAAGCUGCUGAGGAAUUACUUGGACCACGGUGGGGAUUGAAGCCAUGGGUCUGCCAAUCACCUUCAGAUUGGUGUAUGACUGAUUCGAGCAUGAGUUUCAACUACAAACCUACACCAACCAAACUCUUAAUUCGAGGAGUCAAUGUCAGCUUGGUCGAUUGCAACCUCCGAGAAACACCUCCGAUCUCAAUCCACUUAUCUCCACCUCGCUCCAGUCUCAAUACAAGCGAUCUAUUUGCCAGACAGGUCCCAUUGGAUGGAUGGGGUUCAGAUAUUGAAUUAAUCGAUCCACCAAUCGCAUCUACAUCCUCUACAUCUUCCCAUGCGACCAACAGACAAAAAAUCAACGUUAUUGAAUCAAGCAAUCCACCAAUCGCUUCUACAUCUUCCCAUGGACCUAAAAAUCAAAAAAUCGAAAUGGAUCCAACUUCUGAUUCUGAAUCAUCAGUUAUAAUCAUUAAAAGAGGUAAAAAAAUCAAAACUAACAAGACAGAAUGGCCUGGUACAACACUCAAGCUGUCAGAGAUUUUGAUAUGGUGUUCAAAAGCACCCAAAUCAUCUCUGCGAGGUGUAGGUGUUCAAGCCUGGGUGGAGUGUUUUGGUGAUCGGUUUGAGCAAAAGAUGAAGACAGCCUAUGGUUAUUGCGAGUGGGUUGAACUGGUUAUGAUCAAAACAUUGAAAAGGUGGGAUUUUAAUGGGGAUCGGACCGUCAAAGAAGGAACAAAGGCCUUCCAUGUUGAGUUUCAGAUGGCAAAGCGCUUGGCAAAAUCGAUCUAA